CUUCCUUAGCAACGGCGCCAGCGGGGCUGAGAUGCCGGUGCUGGUCAAAGAUUACACUUGGGAGCAGGUGGAGUCCAAAGUGUUUAUCACGGUGCCGCUGAAGGGGGUCGGCGCUGGAAAAGCGGACAUCUUCUGUGCGGAGGAUUACGUGAAGGUGAACUUCCCUCCAUUUCUGUUUGAAGUGCUGCUAUAUGCUUCUAUUGAUGAAUCAAAAAGCUCAGCUAAGGUUGGAAAUGGUGCUGUCAUCUUCACCUUGCAUAAAAGAGAAUCUAGAAUGUGGGAACAACUUAUAACUACUGAAAUUAAUAAGGAAAAGUUGCAAGAAAAGAGAGAGAGAGCCAUUCUUGCUGCUCAAGUGAAGGCACAAGAAGCUGCAAAAGAAAAAACAAUUAAAAAGCGAGAAAAUGAGAAAUACUCAUUGGAAAAAAUGAUGAAGGUGGAGGAAGAUAAUAGAAAACAGAUUGAAGAAUUGAAAAAGCAAGAACAAAUAAAAGCUACUGAAGAGCUAGAAAAGUGGAAGCUUCAGAAACUUGAAGAGGAGGAACUAAAGAGAAAGGAGGAACUAAAGAUCGCAAGGCAAAAAAUUGAAGCAGAAAAAAAGUGGAAGAAAGGUGAAAAUAUAAUACGAAAUUCUGCCUCAGAAGUGCCAUACAAGCACUCUCUCAAAAAAGGCAAUGCUAGCAAUAUAUUUACUGAAGAAGCCAGAAAAGAAAUGAUCCCAGCUCCUCGUUCAGCUGGUAAUAUACAGAUACAAUUCACACCUCGAGUUUUUCCUACUGCACUGCGAGAGUCUCUCAUUGCUGAGGAAGAGGAGUGGCUAAGGAAACAAGCAGAAGCUAGACGAGCCAAUAAUGCAUAUGUUCCCGAACUUAAAGAUUUAAAAGAAGAAGAAAAAAAUCCAGACUGGCUGAAGGAUAAAGGGAACAAACUGUUUGCAUCGGGAGAUUAUCUUGCAGCUAUUAACGCUUACAAUCUAGGAAUAAGGUUGAAUAACAAUCUUCCAGCUUUGUAUCUAAAUCGGGCUGCAACCCAUCUUAAGCUAAGAAACUUGCACAAAGCCCUUGAAGACUGUUCCAAGGCACUUGAAUUAUUAACUCCUGCAGUUCCAGACAAUGCUGAGAGCAGACUGAAGGCCCAUGUCAGAAGGGGGGCAGCAUUUUGUGAGUUGGAAUUGUAUGUGGAGGGUCUUCAAGAUUAUGAAGCAGCUCUUAAGAUUGACCCAAACAAUGCAGCAGUUAAAGCAGAUGCAGAAAAGAUACGUAGAGUGAUUCAAGGAAUUCCUCCUGAUUUUUAAAGCUGCAUGAACAAUGACAAAGAUGAGCAUAUUUAUAACAAUUACAGCACGGAAACAGGCCAUCUCGGCCCUUCUAGUCUGUGCUGAAUGCUUACUCUCACCUUGUCCCACUGGCCCGCACUCAGCCCAUAAACCAUUCACAUUUCGAUAUGUCCAUCCAUGGCCCCCUCCACUGCCAAAACGAAGCCACACUCAGGCCGGAGGAACAACACCCCAUAUACCUUGUUAAAACUUGUCGACAUUUGUAGUCAGAGGCAGCAUCCAGCCUGGAUCCUCAGUUCAUUCUGGGCUUCUUUUGAUUUUCUCAGGGGAUUCAGGACUUGUUUUAAGGUGACAAUAAACCUUAAAUAAGAUAGAGGUUCUGCAUUAAUUAUUAGACCUUUUCUUCUUGCUCUUUAAGAGAAGUCAAGUUGAAUGCGAUUUUGUGUUCAUGAAGGUCCAUCUGGGUAAUGAAUGUAUGACAAGGUAGGGAGAAGGAGAUGUAAUUUCUGUCCUUUUUUUUAAACCAGAUUGCCUGUUGCCAUGUUGUCACCAAUAACCAAUAUUUUAAGAAUUAAUCAUACUUUUUGUUACACAUCCAGAUUCAUAGAUUUUAAUGUACUACUGCUCUUAAAUUUGGUUCUCUUCCAUUCACAAAGUGAAGAAGGAAUUGUUUGUAAUGACAUUGUGUGGGAUCUUACCAUCAGAAAUAGGUAGGCACAUUGUAGGACCAACAAGACCUGGCUUUAUCCAUGACUUGUCUGUGAGGAGUUUGCAUGUGUGGGUUGUCUCUCAGUUUCUUCUGGAUGCCAGAAAUGUCCAGGUUGGUAGGUUAAUCGACUGUUGUAAAUUGUCCGUUGUGUAGGAGAGCGGUAGAAUUUGGUGGAAGGGGAAAUUGAUGGGAAUGUGUGAAGAAUAAAUUAAGUUAGUGUAGGUUGCAUAUAAAUGGGUGCCUAAGGAUUGGCAUGAACUUGGUGGGUCAAAGGGCCUGUUUCUUGCUUUGACUCUAUAAACCUAAGAAUCAAAGCUUUAGUGUUUCCUGCUCAAUCACCAGUAUCACCAUACUGCACAUUUGACAUGUAUCCAAUCUAAGAUGGUUAUCACUGCUUAUGGAAUUUGCAAAUUAACAAAAAAAUGUUAGUAAGCUUUUAGUGAAACAAUAAUAAUGCUGUGUUGGUAUAAUUAAUAACUCGGAAUAAUUCAACAACUGUGUUAAUAUAUUUUCACAUGUAUAACUUCUAUAAACAUUAUUUCAGAGUCCUGGGAAAUACAGCAGACUAUUUCUGAAAGUCCCGCACAAUGUACCUUGGAUUUGUUUGUUAGAGCAAUGUGUUGUUUAUAUUGGCGUGUUCUUUUGGAAAUUGUUUUAAACAUGAAGUUUUAAAUGAAUAAGGGAAUUAACUCAUCAGCAACAAGACAGGUGUUAUGGAGAAUCCUGAAAUUUAGAAAUGCAUUAAACCAGUCUUAAAUACAAGCAUAGAAAGGGGGAAUGAGUCUGACUGUCAGCUGUGUUUACUAUAUGGAGAGUAUGCAAUAAGCAAGAAGAGAAAAACAUCGAGGUGAGCCAGCACCAAUGCAGAAGACAAGCUCUGAUGUUAAACAAUUGAUGGAUUAAUAUGAUCCAGUCUAACUUUAAAGGAAUAUACUUUGCCAGUCUUACAUUUUCAAAAAUAUUUCAAGAUCUAGUCUGUGGUAUUUUAUUUAUAAAUUUAAUUCUAUAUUGAGCUGAACCUAGCAAAUGUCGCUUUUUGGUAAUCUUGCAUUUAUAUAUCAUGAUGUAAUUAUGAACUUGGUUAAUAUUGUCUUAGUUCAAUUAAACAUAUGACUGCACCUGUGGAACAGAAUUGCCUUGAGAAUUGAUUGGUAACUGUUUUUUUCAUUUGGCUUCCUGAUUUAAACAUUAUACUGUAACUUGGAAAAAUUCAAGUUCUGAUACUACUGUUAAAAUAAUAUUUAGGAACAUCUGAGAUUUGUUAUAACAAUAAGUACCCUGAGGUUAUAACUUUAAUUGGUGGUGAAAAGUAGUGUAUGAAUCAUUUGUGGAAUUGUUAUUGGUUUAUUAAUGCCACAAGCAGAGAUACAGUGGGAAAAAAAACUUGUCCAUUCAACAUCCAUUCAGAUUCAUUUCAAAACCAUGCAUACUUUGAGGUUGUGCAGGUGUGGUGAAUUACAUAUACCUGUCUGCUCACACCGCCUGCUGACUGCUCCUGUGGCUCCUCCCACAGACCCCUGUAUAAAGGCGAUUGAGGCCUGAGCCCGGCUCUCAGUCUCCAGGAUGUAGUAUGGUGGUCAACCACUGCUUGUUCCUUCUUCCAGUCAAUAAAAGUGGAUAUCUCA